CCGGUGGGUGGUGUGCCAGAGAAAGGGUAGCAGUCGCGCGUUCCCUGCGCCCAGGGGUUGUUUGGUUGCCAUGGCGGCGCGAACGAGGCCUGCACGGCCUGCCGCAGGGUGGUGGUGAGGUUGGCUUUUCAGUCCCUCAGUCUCGAUCCUGGUUCGUGCGUCGUUGAAUCGGCGAGCCUCGCCAUGGCGGCCAAGAAGGGCGGGGCGGUGGCCCUGCAGCAAGACGUGACCACGGACGAGGAGUGGGAAGCGCUGCUGCGGCGCCACGGCCUGCUGCUCGUGGACGUGUACUCGGAGUGGUGCGGGCCGUGCGUCGGCAUGCUGGCCAACCUCAAGAAGAUCAAGGUGGAGCUGGGCGGCGACCUACUGCUGCUCGCCACGGCCAAGUCGGACACGAUCGAGGCGCUGCACCGGCACCGGAACCACUCGGAGCCCGUGUGGAUGCUCAUCUCGGGCGGCAAGCUCAUCAACCUCGUCUUCGGCGCCGACGCCCCGCGCAUCGCGCGCCUCAUCGCCCACGAGCUGGACAACGAGGUCAAGAUCCAGCGCAACGAGGAGUGUCCGCGCACCUACAUGUCGUGGGACCAGCUGACGCCUGAAGAGGAGGCGCGGCUGCAGCGCGCCGAGGAGAAGCGGAUGCGCGCGCUGCAGGAGGAGGCCGAGCGCCAGGCACGCGCCCUGCAGCAGCAGCGCGCCGACAACUACGCCAAGCUGGCCGCCAAGCUCAACAGGUACACCCUGGUGCUGCUGCUGCCGCACGCCGUGCCGGCCGAGGACGCGGCCGAGGCCGAGGGCGGCAUCCUGGUCACGCUACGCGACGCCUGGACCGCGCACGGGCUGGACGAGCGGCGCCGCCUGUCGCUGACCGUGACGGCGGACAUGGCCGACGAGGUGUUCUUCGAGUGCAAGCUGCCCCAGCACGAGGAGCUGCUCAAGGCCCUGGCCACGGGGCCCUGCCUCGCCAUCCUGCUGCACAAGGAGCCCACGGAGAUCGAGGUGUUCCCCGAGGCGGACGAAGGCGAGGCCGAGCCCGAGGACGGCGGCGAGGGCGGCGCGGCGGCCGACGCCGUCCCGGCGGAGCCCGCCGAGGAUGCCGCCCCGAGCGACGACCCCAACGCCCCCGGCACGCCGCCGAAGCUGCAGCCCGUGGCGCAGCGAGUGCUGGUGGAGCCGGAGAUGGGCGAGAUCGAGGCGCUGGCGGCGCAGUCCCUGUACGGCUUCUACCCGGCGCAGGGACCCUCGCAGUGCCCGCUGCCGCAGCAGCAACAACAACAACAACAACCGGAAGAACAACAACAGCAGGACGAUGGGCAGGCUGCGCAGUGGUCGCGCUUCCAGCCCGCCGCGGACAGUCCUGCCGCCUGCGUGCUCAUGGCCUCGAGCGCGGGCCCCGCGCUGCCGGGGCUGUGGACGCCGCUCACGCCCGUCACCAAGGCCGCCGCCAUGCAGACCCUGUUCCCGGACGACACUUUGCAGCUGACCAAGCCGCCGCCGCCGCCGUCUCUGCUGCCGCCGUCGCUGGUGUUCGUCUUCGCCGCGACGCGCGGCAAGGACGUGUUGGCCGCCGCGGGGCAGCACAACGGCGCCGUGACCGGCUGCGGCUUCUUCACGGAGCAGCGCGAGCUCCUGGCCGCGGACGAGGCGGCGCUGGAGGCCCUGGGCCGCGAGAGGAAGGACAGCGACGUGCUGGCCGUGGCCCUGGCCUUGGAGGCCUCCGCCGCGGCCGAGGCCCUCACCGCCAUGCAGCCCCUCUACGCCAGCGCGUCGGCCGAGGACGGCGUGCUGGACUGCGACGCCUACUUCCCCGGGCCGUUGCCCGCCGAGGGGGACGCCGACGACGCCAGCGCCAGCGGACUGCCGUGA